GGGUACGACGGGGGAUCUGACCUCCACGUGGGGAUAACCAACUCCCACGGGGUGGUGUACAAUUAUGACCAAGAAGGCAUUCACAGAGCUGAGACUGGCUGGGAGCAGUGCCUUAGCAUCCCACUGGUACAGCCAGACAUGUUUGAGCUUCUGCAGCAGUGGGAUAAGCUCCUAGAGGAAUUUUCCAUGGGAGAGGCCUGGCUUCCUCACAGGUAUGAUGAGCAUGAGCACAACUGCUACACGUACGCCCUGGCCUUCAUUAACAGCCUGCUGACUGCACAGGGGCAGCAGCCCCUGACCAAAGGGGACUUCACAGGCACCUUUGUCCUCCCUCACACCAAGAAAGCCUCCAGAUACCUCACUCUGCACCAGGAGCUGACACAUAAUGAGUUCUACAUCGUGCCCCUUGCUGAUGAUGAAGACAGUGCUGAAAAUGACAAGCUACUGUAUUAA